GCCGCCUUCGAGUCAGACCAAUCUGCAGGGUGAAGCUCCAAAGCUCCACUUGUCUGGAAACAGUCUCCGAAGUCUGAGGAGUUCAACGAUGAAGCUGUUCACCAUGACGACUGUGGAACCAGUCAGGAACCAGGAGGAGUAAUCUCCUUCUGUAAAAACUUCUGGGAAUGUUUGGAGUUUAUAAAAGUUCAGCAGAAAUGAUUCUCUGUUUGUGUUUCGUGGCUUUCUUCUGUCUUCUGGCGUCUCCGUGUGAUGCCGGCUGUGCCGAGGUAGACUCUCUGACUGAAGCCGUGGCAGGAGAAGGAUUCCUGCUCGGUUGCAUCUCCUGUAAGAAGAGAGAAGAGGUUUCGGCUUGGGCCACAGUGGACUGGUACUUUCGGUCCAAGGAGGAGGACGAGUUCAGUCAUAUUUUCCACUAUGACCACCCCACGGCCAGCAUCCUGGACGAGGCCUUCAGCGAGCGGCUGCAGUGGCGGGGCACGCUGGACCAGGACAUCCAGGUCGGUGCCGUUUACAUCCAGAACAUCACCUUCAACGAUACCGGCACGUACCGCUGCACCUUCCAUCGGACCCUCUUCCUGCCCCGGAGCAAUGAGAAGGUCACUGUGGAGAGGGUGGUGGAGCUCACUGUGGUGGCUACAGCCAAACGCGGGCUGGUUUCUGUGGUGGCGGAGAUCAUGAUGUACGUGCUGAUCGUGGUUCUGCAGCUGUGGCUCAUCGCUGUCCUGGUUUAUUGUUACAAGAAGAUCUGGAAUGAGCAUGAAGACAGAGAAGCCAAGAAGGCUCAGAAGGCCCAGGAAGCACUUUUGGAGAUGAAGGAUAACUGCACCAAAGUCCAGACAAAGGACUGAGCUGGUCCCGAGGGCCACCACCUUCAGAGCAGCAGACCGGUGUUUAUUAAACCAUCAUGGCUUGGAUUACAUCAUGCAGCAGUUAAAUCUUAGUUUUAUGCUAAAGAUUUUUGCCUUUAAAAGGGAAAUAUGAACAAAUGUGACUUUUAUGUAAUGAUUUUCUUUCUGUGAAAAGUGAAUUUGUUUUCUGAAAAGUUGACGUCCUCAGAUUUCCUGUUAAUAACUUUAUUAACCCAGAUCCAAGUUUGCAAAUCCAAUAAAGUGUUUUUGUUUAAAA